GGGUGGUGAAAACAAAAAUACAGCCUAAUUGGUCACUGGCUUUUUCUAGUGAAUGAAGGAGGUUUCUGUUUUAAGAAAUAAAGUGACUUAGCCGUUGAUUCACUGCCCACAGGGAGAUUUCUGAGCAGAGGCUUCCUAGCCUCUGUAGAGAUUUGCAUACAACUUCCACUUCCUGCUUCAGAGCCUGUUCUACAACUUACCUGGGCCUGGAGAAGGCGAGAGAGACCCAAGACACCCAAGCGGGAGAAAGAAGAAGAGAUCGUGACCACCCCUUGGGCCCCAGUCUGUCUGUCCGUAGUGGAGCUAAGAAACUAGAAUGAACCGAAGCAUUCCUGUGGAGGUUGAUGAAUCAGAACCAUACCCAAGUCAGUUGCUGAAACCAAUCCCAGAAUAUUCCCUGGAAGAGGAAUCAGAACCACCUGUUCCAAAUAUAGGGAACAUGGCGCCCAACAACUUGUCUGCACCUAAAAAUCCUCACUCUUCCUCAGGAGACAUUUCUCAGGUUUACCCUCCCCUGAAACUUGCAAAUCAUCAGCAGCCUAUGUCCCAGCAGGUCAGCUGCCUAUGCUCUGAAGUCCUGGAGGAAAGUGAAGACAGUUUCUUCAGGAGGCACCCAGACCCAGGCAAAGAUUUUCCCUCCGGCUCCUCUGCGGCCAGUGAGCCUGAGCCUGAGUCUGUGGUUGGAGCCCUCCCAAUAGAGCAUCAGUUUUCAUUUAUGGAAAAACGUAAUCGAUGGCUGGAUUCUCAGCUUUCAGCAGCUUCUCCUGACACUGGCCAUGACUCAGACAAAUCAGACCAAAGUUUACCCAAUGCCUCAGCAGACUCCUCGGGCAGUGGCCAAGAGACGAUGCCGCCACUGCAGCCCCACAGGAACCGAGCAGCCCCAGAUGUGCCGACGAUAGACACGGGGUAUGAUUCCCAGCCCCAGGAUGUCCUGGGCAUCAGACAGCUGGAAAGGCCCCUGCCCCUCACCUCCGUGUGUUGCCUCCAGGACCUGCCUGGACCUCUCAGGUCUAGAGAGUUCCCUCAGUUUGAACAGAGGUAUCCAGCGUGUGCACAGAUGCUGCCUCCCAAUCCUUCCCCACAUAUUCCAUGGAACUAUUGCCAUUGUCCCGGAACGCACAAUCCCCCGGUACCAUAUGGCCACAACUACCCUCGAGCGGCCUACAAACAAGUGGUCCAGCCAGCUCUGCCUAGGCAGCCCCUACAUGGGACAACUGUGAGAGGUUUGCAACCCGUGCAGAAGGUCAUCCCGAAUUAUCCCAGCCCCUGGCACCAAGAAGAGAGGCCUGCACAAAGAGACUGCUCCUUUCCAGAGCUUCCAAGGUGUCAGGACCAGCUGUAUCACCAGACACCUAAUGGAGCUGGAGCUCCUCAGGAGUCCUUGGAACACCCUGCAGAGCUGAGACCACAGGGUCCCCAGGCUCCACCCCCAGUUGCUGUGCCCAGACCCCCUAGUAACCCUCUGGCCAAAGGAACUCUGAAAACAAGCAACUUGCCAGAAGAAUUGCGGAAAGUCUUUAUCACUUAUUCUAUGGACACAGCCAUGGAGGUGGUGAAAUUUGUGAAUUUUUUGUUGGUAAAUGGCUUCCAAACUGCAAUUGACAUAUUUGAGGAUAGAAUCCGAGGUAUUGAUAUCAUUAAAUGGAUGGAGCGCUACCUUCGGGAUAAGACAGUGAUGAUAAUCGUAGCAAUCAGUCCCAAAUACAAACAGGAUGUGGAAGGCGCUGAGUCGCAGCUGGACGAGGAUGAGCAUGGCUUACAUACUAAGUACAUUCAUCGAAUGAUGCAGAUUGAAUUCAUAAAACAAGGAAGCAUGAAUUUCAGAUUCAUCCCUGUGCUCUUCCCCAAUGCCACAAAGGAGCAUGUGCCCACCUGGCUACAGAACACUCAUGUUUACAGCUGGCCCAAGAAUAAAAAAAACAUCCUUCUGCGGCUGCUCAGAGAGGAAGAGUACGUGGCUCCUCCCCGGGGACCCCUGCCCACCCUUCAGGUGGUACCCUUGUGAUACUGGCCAUCCCCAGAUCACUGGAGCCUUGCCAUGCCUGGAGCCCUGUUCUGACAGCAUCCUUGUGGCUGAGGCUGGUCAGUGGCAGUCACCGUGGCUAUUUCUCAUUUCCCUUCUGAGGCCCUCAGCACCCUCAAAACCGGUUCUGCAGAGAGUCUACUCCUGAGACUGGUUGUUCUCAAUUCCUUGCAGUUUAAAAACCCACCAAAGGUGCCUAUGUCUGAUGUGUUCCUUCUGAUUGAUGUGUGAGUUUGGGUCCUCUCAGUACUUAGAGACUAAUAAUGUAAGUGAUACUGCAACAAAUGUAAAUGACCACAAACACUCUCCUAUUGCUUCAGGCUACUUUUGAGUUAGCCAGAUGUUUGAGUGUCUUCACACCAAACUGAUUUGUGUACAAAUAAUAAAGUGUUGGCUUUU